UAUAAACCCUAGCUCAUCUCGACUCCUCCCAUCUUGGGUUCUCUCUCUCUCUAUCUCUCUUCUUGAAGAUUUUAUAUAUAAUCCAUGGCCGGGAAAAGGUUUUUCGAAGAUUUUGAUUCGGAUCUCCAGAAACCGACCGAGAAACGGAUGAAAUCCAGACCGUCCUUUGCCUCCGUGAUUGGAGAAGUGAUUAUGGUGAACUCCUUGAACAAUCUUUGUUCAGCCCUAGAGCCUCUUAUUAGAAAAGUGGUAAAUGAAGAACUCGAACGUGGGUUAAAGCGACGUUCUUCGUCGUUUCGGAUCGAAGCACAGGAGACUCCAACCCUAAAACUCAUCUUCAGUAAGAAAUUGGCGCAACCAAUUUUCACCGGCAGUAAAAUCACGGACGUGGAUAAAAACCCUCUAGAGAUCCAACUUGUGGAGAUGAAAAAUGGUUCUUUCGUCAAAGUGAAUCUCAACCGUUUGAUCAAACUCGAUAUCGUAGCCCUCCACGGAGAUUUUCCCACGGGAAACUCUGGAGAGAAUUGGAGCAGUGAAGAGUUUGAGAGCAAUAUCGUGAAGGAGAGAGACGGUAAGCGACCGUUGCUUGCGGGAGAAGUAACCGUGAUCGUUAGAAACGGAGUCGGGACGAUCAGUGAUAUCGAAUUUACGGAUAAUUCGAGUUGGAUUCGUAGCCGUAAAUUCCGAAUCGGUGCGAAAGUUGCACGAGGGAGUUGUCAAGACGUUAGGAUUCGUGAAGCAAUGACCGAGGCGUUCGUCGUUAGAGAUCACCGUGGAGAAUUGUACAAGAAACAUCAUCCUCCAAUGCUCGAGGACGACGUGUGGAGGCUUGAGAAGAUCGGCAAAGAAGGCGCAUUCCACAAGAAGCUCUCAGCCGAAGGCGUCAACACCGUCCAAGACUUCCUGAAAUUGUCUAUCGUUGACCCUCCGAGACUCAAAAUGAUAAUGGGGCCCGGAAUGUCUGAGAAAAUGUGGGAAGUGACAUUGAAGCAUGCGAGAGAAUGUGUGAUGGGCAACAAAUUCUACAUUUUCAGAGGACCCAAUUUCUUCUUGGUUCUUAAUCCCAUCUGCCAAGUUAUCAAAGCAGUGGUCGAUGGCCAUAUCUUCCCUGCUCGAGAUAUUACCACCAUAAAUAGGUCAUAUCUCGAGGGUUUGGUUAGGCAAGCUUACACGAAUUGGUCUUCGUUGGAAGAGAUCGAAGGUACCCUAAACGAGCCUGCCCUCUUGACCCAAGGUGAUUCAAUGGUUCAGCAACACGGUGUGAACCAUACCGAUGUCGGUAGAUCAAAUCAGCAAACCGGGUCCGGUUUAGAAAAUUGGGAGAUGGUAAAUGGAGGAUACGGUUCGACCCCUGUUGAACUGGGAUUUCGUUUCAGCAUCACCGAAUCUUACUCCCAAGGCGAGUUUAGCUCCUUCUAGAAUCUUCUUCUGCGUAACCUUUGGUUCAAGAAAAGCCAAUGAUGGUUUGACUAUGUCGUAAACCACCGUUUAUGAAUAACCGGAUGCAUAACCACCGGUAUGGGUGAUAAACCGGUUUGGCGAGAGAGAGAACUCGUGCUGCUGCACGACAACUAUCUUGUACUUGGAGAAUCAUAUGUAAUAUGGGCACAUGCAUGUUGGUUCAGCACUUGGUUAGGUUACAAUGUAUAGUUUGUAUAUGAUUGUUGUGUAUGUUUAUA